GGACCCGAGCGUUCAUAAGCUUGUGUAAGACGGCAGUUGUCAACACAACAUGUCUGAUUGUCAAAAAAGGACAACACAAGGGAAACGACUAUUUAAAAAGGGAUUUCUUUCAUGCAGUCAACAUGAAGCGCCUGUACCUCGUGGAGCCCGUUGUGGCCCUGUACGCGUUCAGCUGUUUUCUCAUCUACCCUCUCGUCCAGCAGUAUGUUUACAGACGGUUUUGGGUGCAGCUGACGCACACCAGCUACCCCAUCUCUGACAACACCUCCAGAUGUGCAGCAAGCAACAGCAGCAACCACACAAACCUGCAUGAGGAGGUCCAGAAGCAGGCGUCUCUUUUCUCUCUUUACUCAGAGAUCCUCUCCACAGUCCCAUCCCUGAUCGUUACUCUCAUGCUGGUGGCCUACAGCGACCGGGCAGGACGCAAGAUCACCAUCGUUAUGCCUUUGAUUGGCACGCUCAUCUACACCACUGCCUUCUUGGCUGUGUCCUUCUUUGAGCUGAACGUCUACUUGUUGAUCGGCUCCACGCUUCUCAGCUCUCUUUUCGGCGGCUUGGGCACGUUUCUCGGAGGCUGUUUCGCCUACAUAGCUGACUUGUGCAAGGACGAUCGUCAGAAGACGCUACGCAUGGCAGGGGUGGACAUGAUGAUCGGCCUCUUGUCCGGGGUGGCGUCCAUAUCCACGGGUUAUUUCCUGAGAGCUGCAGGCUUUAACUGGCCGUUCCUAACUUCUGCACUCAUUCAGUGUCUGAUCUUGUUCUACGCCGUUUUUAUCUUAGAGGAAACCGUGACGAAGGCUCCCGUUGAUCCAAACGGGUCUCCCCGGCUCGCUGCCAUAAAACAAAUAUUCUCCUCGAUCUACCGGAUCUUUGCGGGGAAAAGCUUUAAAACCGUUUUAGCCCUGCUGAUGACCAUCUUCACCAGCUUCUCCUUCACUUAUAUCGGAGGCAUCUCCAUGAUGACGCUGUAUGAGCUCAACGAGCCACUUUGCUGGUCUGAGAUUCUGAUCGGAUACGGCUCGGCGCUGUCCACCACGGUGUUCGUGGUCAGUUUCCUCGGAGUGUCGGUGCUUACAUACUGCGGCGUUCCACAGCUGAUCAUUGUCCUGCUGGGGAUCCUGUCGGUCAUGUCGGGCAUGAUCCUCGUGGCGUUCGCUAAGACCACAGUACUGAUGUUUAUAGUGAGGAUACCGAUGCUUCUGUGCAUCAUGCCUUUUGCUGUUCUGCGCUCCAUGAUGUCCAGGAUCGUCUCCAAGUCCGAGCAGGGAGCCCUGUUUGCUUAUCUGUCCUUUCUAGAGAACUUCACAAACAACGUGUCAAAUGCAGUCUUCAACAGUAUCUAUUUCGCCACAGUGGCCUGGUACCCCGGCUUUGUCUUCAUGUUGUCUGCAGGACUCUGUGUCAUUCCUUUAUCUGCUCUUGUGGCUGUUGCGCUGAUCGGAGUGGAUGUUUCCAGCGUCGUGGAAAGGCCAGAACCUUUUGACCCAGAACACGAGAUUCUGAUUGAGGACGAGAAUGAAAACAGUGCUCUUAUUAGCUGAAGAAUAAUGGACUACAAAUACC